AUGGCUGGGAAUCCGACCCCCUACGCGUCAUCACCAACAUCAACAGCGGGUGUCAGAGAGAUUAAAUAUAUGGACACAAUUGAUGCGUAUGACCAGUGGGCUCAGGCGAGUGUUUUCUAUUUAGUCUACGACACGGAUGGAAACUUCCUCCAGGCCCUCGACACGCUUCAAAUGCAAUCGUUGCUUCCUAAAUUUAUCUCCCUCCUCCCCAAAAUCAACCCCAAUACCACAACCAGCGCGCCCAAACUCAUCGACCUUGGCUGUGGCACGGGGAGGAACACGAUCCCGCUCCUCCGCGCCGCCCCCACCGAUGCAACAAUCAUCGGCCUGGAACCAUCGAGUAAAAUGCUCCAGAUUGCUCAGGACAAGGUAUCUGCAUAUAUUGCCAGAGCUGCUGAGAUUCCACCGGCAGGUGUAGUAGAUAAGCAACGUGAUACGGGCCCAGAAGACGAGGGGCGAGUAAGUUUUCAGAUAUUUAACCUGCUCGACUUUAACUGUGCUGCGGAAGGAGCGGGAGGAGUGACAGGCCUGGCAGAUUCAGAUGGGGUUAUAUCCACACUUGUCAUCGAGCAUGUGCCUGUAGAUAAAUUCUUCAGAGCGGCAGCGGGUAUGUUGAAACGGGGUGGGGUGUUGCUAGUCACGAAUAUGCAUUCGGAGAUGGGCCGGAUUAGUCAGGCGGGAUUUGUAGAUCCAGUGACCGGGGUGAAGAUUCGUCCGACAAGUUUUGCGCAUACGGUUGCGGAGAUAGUUGAGGCGGCGGAGAAGGUUGGGUUUGAAGUUUUGGGGGAUAUAAAGGAGGUGAGGGUUAAUGAGGAGUUGGCGGGGAGGUUGGGGCCCAGGGCGCAGAAGUGGAUUGACGUGCAGGUGUGGUGUGGGGGAUGUUUUAGGAAGAGGUGA